UCUCGGCCGUGAAAAGCAAUUUGGGAAGACUACCUGGGAAGUCGGCAGAGGAAGUCAUCAGCCAACAUUUAAACGUUGGGGCUUUUGUGACCGUCUCAAGCGUCAUGCGCUGGUUAAUCUAGUCAUUUCAGUGCAGUCCAUGUGUAGCUGUUCUGCGUAUUUACCAUAGUGCUUCGCUGCGGUGUGGUUUACGUUUCCCACCGUCAGCAACAGUCAGACACGUUUAGCUUAUGAUACAGCCACAGACUGCAGGACGCACGGGUGAAUGGGUUUGGUUGUUAGCAGGCACCCCAGCUAGCUAACGGUAGCUGAGAACAAAUGAAACCAUAUCUGGUCAAAGCUGCUACGGAAUCGACCACAAGACAACUGCAAUUAAAGCCAAGUUAAUGGUAGCGUAACGGGAACCCACGUAUUGAGAGGGAACAAAAUUACAUCUUCAAGUCGAGAAACCAACAACAGCUCCGCUCUGCAAGAUUGUGGCUAUAGCUGGGCUACAGAUGGAGGACACUGCGAUUAUCUUAUCCGCGCAUUUGGAACAUUCAGCUAAUAUGCCUUCUGCUGGACUGCUUUUGUAAAUGUGGUUGCCAUGGCUUCUUGCAAGGUAGACGAGCUUAUAAGUGACACCAAGGAUUUAGUUUCUGUCCCUGAACAGCUUUCCCAGUGUGGCCCCGAUGACAUCACCGAUGAGCUUCAGCCUGAUACGACAAAUGCCACAGUGAAAUCUCAAAAAGCCGGGAAAUUUAAGAGGACUGCUCUGACAUUUUUUGGAGUUCGUAAAAGUAUCUGCAUUUUACCAAGUUUUUUUGGAGGAAGGGGUAAAAAUCAGAAUAAGUGGUCUUCAAAGAAGGGAAUCACCAAAAGCAGAACACAUGAUGGGUUAAGUAAGGGGGGUCACGAUGACAGUCUGAGAAGUGGGUACACUUCAGCUGGAGAUUUUGAGUACAGAAAUCAGAGGGACUAUGCCAGAGAGCUCCACAACAGCUGUCACGAUGAAUGUAUUCACCCCACUGCUGACCAGAAAUCGCUGACUCUCAGCCGGCAGAAAAGGGGGUUGAGGAGACUUUUUCAUAGUUUUAAGCAUCAUAGAAACCAUAGAAAUGUUGGAUUGGAUAAAAGUGAAAUGGUUGCAGUGUCUCCUCCUCAUUGUAGCAAAGAGGUGUCUGUUAUCCAGGACAACACCAACCAGAAUGUCACAGAGUGCCUGGGAUCUGAACCUGAUGUGCCUGAUUUUACAAAUGUUAUAUGUGAUAUUUCCAUUGGUCCUGAAUGUAGUGAAACUGUUGCAGUGGCAUUAAAGAAGGGGGUGGCACAAGAAAGCCCAAAGUCUGAGCUAGAUGAUCAGAUGUGUGAUGAUCAAAUGGAGGAAAUUAAUUUUGUAGUUUCCAGUGAAUAUGAGGAGAUUUCUAGAGGACACAGUGAGCCCUGUCUGAAACUUGAGAUGAUGUCAGAGCCUGUAUUGAAGUGUGAAACACCUGCUGGCUCAUCGGAUCAGCUAAACCUGAUUUUUGGAGACGUAGCAUCCUUAAAGAGCUUCGAUUCACUCACUGGCUGUGGGGAUAUUAUUGCAGAUCAAGAAGAUGACAGCAUUACAGAGAGCACAGUUUCUGGAGAAAGAAGCAGAAAUGGAGGAAAGAGAGCCUCUUGUUAUCUUACUUAUCAAGGUGGUGGUGAAGAUAUGGCCUCACCCGAAGAUUUGGAUGGAGGGUGUCUUCAUGAAUUCUGGGGAAACAGUGCUUCUGAAGAAAUCUGUUGCACUUGUAAUCAAGACCACACUGAUUUGACUGCUGACCUGACAAGUACACACAAUAUGGACUUAGUGAGCAGUAACAGUGCGCAUCAAGCCAGUGGCUUAGACACUUCUUCUUCGAUUGCUGAUGUGUUAACUCCUCAAAGUGAGCAUCAAGAAUCAGUUCCAAAUAGUGAUGAGGGGUACUAUGAUUCUACUACCCCAGGGCAAGAUGAAGGCCAAGAAAAAACUGACAGGCUAAGGGUUGAUAGAUUACCCAGGGACAGUUACAGUGGGGAUGCCCUCUAUGAACUUUUUGCCCCUGAUGAGAGUCUCCUUAGUCCACAUUAUGAAAACAAAUCGAAACUGCCUGGUUCACACCAGUGUGAGUAUUUAAGCGAGCCUUUAGAUGUGACAGAUUCUGCCUUUGUUUCAGAAAUGAAUCGAUUACAAAUAAGUACCGAACUGUAUAAAGUUCAUGAUUUUCUAGAGAUGCCAAGCACAUGCAGUAACAGUUCAGAGCUGGCGCAAAACACGGUUGAUUGGCAGGAGAAUGGCGUGAAUAAAAACUGUAAUUUAAACUCAAAUCCACAAGCAUCAGUCAACAAGAAUAAUACAGAAGCAGAUGGAUUUGAUAAUAUGCUUUCCUCCAGUGAAAAAAGAGCUAAAUCUAUAAAUGCUGAGUGUGAGGAAAGGCACAGCAGCAGCAUAUCGUUCAGAAACACAUUUGACCCUGAUUUUGAAACAUUUUGUGAACCCCAAGAGCAACAUCUUGAGGAAAACAAGCCUGUGGCAUUGCCAUACAGAAAUAUCAGCUCUCAGUCUUCAGAGUCUAACGGCGAUUUAGAUGAUGGGCAAACUGUGUGUUUCUCACAGGCGCUUGUGGACUACACAAAACACUCUGAGAUGCUGAGUAACUUGCAGAACACUGUGGAUGAUUUGGAGCCAAACUCUGCCUUCACUCCAAAUAUGGAGGCCUUGCCUACUAUAGUCACGUUCGAUGUAGUGGAUAUGCAUAAUGAGGGUGAAUACGAUGAGCAGAUUCCCAUGGAGCUGGAGGAGCACAUUUCAUCACCCUAUCAGGAGUUUGAAGAAAGCUACCUACAAAAAGAUGCAUUUGCUGAAUGUGACUAUCAAAUUUUAGACCUGUAUGAACAGAACCUGGUUAGUAAUACAUGGGCAAUCGCUAGUCUCCCACGGCACUUAGGCCUUACAAGAGUCACCCAGUCCAUACCUAGUCCACUGUCUCCAGACAGGAGAAGUAGGUCUCUAGACACAGAAAGUCUUGAGUUGAAGAUGCCUGACACAUACAGAGAGAACCGAGCAGGUGCCGUUUCCUGUCCUCCAGCUGAAAAGGACUUUGAAAGAGACCCCUCACUGAAUUCCAAAAAAAAUGUUCUCACAUCUCCAUCAGACCAGACACAGUCAGAGAUGGCUUUAAACCUUCCUCUGACAGAUGGGCAAAUCACAGAGAACGUGCGGCGCGUCAAUCAAGCUCAAGUGCAACACAAAAUAUUUUCCACUUCAUCCAGCAGUGACUUUCCAAACAGUGAAUCAGCUCAUCUUUGCGCCGAUGUGUCAGACUUAGUGGCCUGUGAUUUAAUGUCACAGAAUACUGAUCAUUACAACAGACUGUGUCACCUUCCUCUGCAGACAGAUUCUUGUUUACCUCAUAGCACCUUUGUUUGUUCUGGAAGGAUGGAGGAAGGAUCAGAUGAUAUUGACAAUGAUGUAUUUUGUAAAGCUGCUACUAAUUUGCCACAUUAUAACCAGUCUAUUAAAAGCAGACCAGCAGCUAGUAGGGAAGGAAUAUCUCAUACUGAGAGUCCUCUUGAAGCAGAUAUGUGUAAAGAUGAAAUGACUGUCCUCGGUGAAAUAAGAACAGCCAGGGAUGUGGUGUGCCCUGUAGCCUGCAACAAACUCCCAGAGGAAACCUUUAAUUAAAAGGCUUCUAUACAUACAGCUGACAUUAAGAUCACAUGUAUAUGUGCCAAUAAGUGCUUUUAUGGUGUGUCCAACUGAGAAGUUGUUUCUUAAUUUUUCCUUAAAUCACUGAUUCGUUUCAAAAGCUGUACACAUCUCAUUAUAGACAGGUCACCGUCUUAUUGGGAAGUGAAAGGGAUUUUCUACUUUUGCAAGUAACAGUUGUCACAUACUGUCAAUUCACUUAGGGUAUUUAAGGGAGUAAUUGUUUCAUUAGCACUAGAUAUGCUCACAGAUUCAUCUCAUUAAGAUAUUUAAUUUUACUAGAAUGUUUAUGUGGCCUCAGUAUUCAGGUAUUAGUAAUAAUGCCACACUUUGUUGAACUGGUAUUUGUGAGCUAGACUAGCCAAGUCUUGCCUACUUUGCAAACUGCCUCCAAGCACAUAUAUUCACAUAGUUUAAGUUCCACCUUGUGUUUGUGUUUACUGCAUUUUCACAGGUUCUCCUUCAGAAAGGUUCAUGUUGACCUGUCUCAAUGCUCAAAUUUGAAGGUUCUAGCUGCUCUCUCUCUCUCUUUCCUAAUUUUAGACCAGACUGGGUUUAGGAAAGGAGAGGAGUAUUUCAGAGGGAACAUAUCUCAAUCCACAGACAGGACUAGCUCAGUCCACAAAGUAAAAUGUCUUCAUACCUUCUUGGGGUAUACUGUAUUGUUAAACACAGUAUACUAUUAUUGUAUUUUGCUUAGCCUCAAACUAUUAUGGCAAAUGUACAUAUGGACUUGUAUUUUAACUUCAGCUGCCAUUUCAUUUGCGUACUGUAGACAGUUCUUACAAGGCAAAGCUACUUCAUUUGUAUAACACAUUUCACAAUUACCCGGCAUAGGAAAGUGCUUUGCAUAAGACACUGAAGAAACAUCCACGGUGGAAAGGGACAAAAAAACAUCUAACACAGUCUCAAACUUGCUGUCUGACUUUGGUCCCAUUUCCCAACAGCUUGACCACCUGUAAAGUGCAAAAUUCAUACUGAAUGAUGCACUCCAUUACUGCAUUAUUUGUGGAAUGAAAAGCUAUUUUUAUUUUGUUUGGAAUUGAAAUGAUAUUUAAAUAGAUAAAGUGGUAUUUUCAUCUUAUAUCAUUUUCUUGUGAAUUUAAAGUUGGCCAGAGGUUAAACUGUCAGAUGAUGUAGUUUUUAUAGUCUAAUAUUGAACAAAUGUCAAAGACUUUGUAUUUAUAUUCUCAGCUAUUUGUACACUGUAACACUGUAUUCAGAAUGGUUAUUACAAAUUAGUAAUAUUUUGUUUGUUUUAAAUUUUGGGUUUUUUUUCCUUCAAAGUUAAAGUACAUCCAUGUUACACUACAGGUUUCCUCUUGAAAAUCUAUUACUGUUUUGUCAGAAUAGAAGACUGCCUUACAUUU